ACAUAAGACAACAAUAGUUACUCUCUAAGCAUACAGUCUAAGCGCUAUGUUACAGUCAUGAUGAUUUCUGCAAGACAUUCUGAAUUUCUACAAGAUUUAAGUUCCUUGCUUGCAUGAGCUCUCUGCCCUACUUAUAAUAGGGGAAUGGACCACAUGUAUGAGGCCUUAAUAUAUUUUUUUUAAAUAUAAUAGGGGAAUGGACCGCUAUGUUACAGUCAUUCAUGCUAUUGCUACGGCUUUCUACAAGUAAGCCGGGGAUGGUUUCAAAAGUUUUUUUUUUUUAAAUUACAAUUUUUUUCUUUAAAUUAAUAUAUUUUUGUAUUUUUAAAUCAUUUUGAUAUGUUAACAUAAAAAAUAAUUUUUAAAAAAUAAAAAAAUAUUUUAAUAUAUUCCAAGUGAAAAGCAAUCACAAUUAUAUUUUCAAGUAUUCUUUGCGUUUGUUCUUAACUGUUUUUAUGUUUGCGGUGCAACAACAGUAAAGUAUUUGAUAACAAAUUAAAUUGUAUUUUGUAUUGCGUGGUCCAUUAAAAAAUUGAAUUUGAAAUAAUUUUUACAUGUUUUUUUAAUCGAGUUUUGUAUUUAUACAUGUUUUUUAUUAUGUAAAUCUCAAUUAUAAUUUUUAUCAAAUUUAAAUCCAACUCAUCACGUCUAACCAUAUUUUUAAAAAACUUAUAUUUCUUGAACCACCAUCACAAAAACUGCAUUUGAUUGCACCAAGUGCUUGAGCUGUAACUUCAUUUAGACAGGGUAGUGGUUACUGGCGUAGAAAGCUCUUCAAAUAUAUCGUUGGGAAUAAAACAAGUGAUUGCAAGUUUGGCAGCUACGGUGCUCGGUUAAUACCUCAUGAUCUAAUGUGAGAAUCAUAAUUAAAAAAAUAUUUAAAAUUUUAAUAUAUGAGAAAUUAAAAACUAUUCAAAUAGAUUUAGGCUAUAUAAAUUAUAAAUAGUAAAAUUUAAAAAAUCAUUUUAUAAAAUCUUUUAUUUUACGUUAAAAAAAUAUUAUCUUUUCAUUUUAAGUUAAAGUAAAUAUAAUUUUUUUAUGAACAUAAUAUAUAUAUAUAUAUAUAUAUAUAUAUAUAUAACCAACAAAAAAAAAAUUGUAAAUUUACGCGUAUAAGAUUUGGCCAAGAGAAAAACAUCUAAUUACCCCCUCUCCCACGUGCUUAUCUUAUAUGUUCAAUAGUAAUAUGCUUUUGACCUUUAAAAUGAAAUUUGUUAUGGGGAGCACCUACUAAAAACAAAAAAAAUAUGUGAGGCCAGGUGUAAUCACCUGAGAUAAUUUGUUCCACCUCUUACCAAAUAGGUUUUUGAAAAUUAAUUUUUUUGUUUAUUAAAAAAAAGAGCUGGGUUGCAACGGGAUGCUUAAAAAUUUCGUUAUGAUUAUAAUUAUUUUUUAAAGUAUUUUUUAUUUAAAAAUAUAUUAAAAUAAUAUUUUUUUACUUUUAAAAAAUUAUUUUUGAAAUCAGUUUAUUAAAAUAAUCUAAAAAUAUCUAAAAAUAUUAAUUUAAAAUAAAAAAUAAAUAAAAAUUUAAAUUUUCUAAAAACACUUUUAAAACACAAAAAUAAAUAAAAACCAACUACAACCCCAGUUUUGUUUUUUCUUAAGAUCUGGUCAAGGUUUCGGGUUUGAAGUCAAUCUAUCAGGCUGGGCUCGGUCCGGUAUCUAUGGUGAGAAAUAUUACUCUCUAUCUUUCGACUUACUGAGUAUUAGAAAAUCUCAAAUUCAUUCCGGCGAGGUGAGGGAAGUAAAUCUGUCCAGGAGAAAGUACAAAUCCAUUAUAAAAGCAGUCUCGCUCUUGAUAUGACAGAUAGCUUAAGUUAGAAUAAUAUGAUUGUAAAUCUAAAAUGAAACAAAAAAAAAAAAACGUAGUAGCAAAUCAGUUCUAAAAGCUGAAUGACAACCUAAAUUAUAACUUAAUAACUCAGUAUUCCCUUUACUGACGAGGAUAUUAGGAAGUAGGAUCAUAGAUUUCUCAAACGAAGUCUUGUGUUGUUAAGUCAGGGACAACAUGAAGUCUAGAAUGUCUCAACACCUCGGAUUUUCUGCUUCUUCACGAAGCAGGACAUGCUUGUCUAAAUUUGUUUUGGUACCGAGUAUAAGCUCCAGUAUUAUUUAACUUGCCAUCUUAAUUAUCAGAUCUCAAAAUCAAGUCUAAUGAUUUCUCCUCCAGGUUUACCCGGCAUAAUUUGUUGAGGGUAUACCCUAAAAGUACCUGGAUGACUUCAUCUAAUUACGAUCCUUCUGUUGGAUGGAUGCACGGAGCUCAAAUGGCUGCAUUUAAUAUGCAGGGCAAUGACAAGCACAUUUGGAUUAUGCAGGGAAUGUUUAGAGCCAACGGUGGCCGUGGUUGUGUGAAAAAACCUGGUUUUUCAUUGAGUGAACCUGAUUCUGAUCCUAGUGUGCAAUUGACUGUAGAAAAGAUUUUGAAGGUGAAAAUCUACUUUGGGGCAGGGUGGCAUUUGGAUUUUCGCUGCACACAUUUUGAUCUGUAUUCUCCACCUGACUUCUUCGUAAGAGUAAGAUGAUCUAUGUAAAUAUGUGUCAUCAGUAUAUGUGCCUGUUGGAAUUUCAAGUCACAAAUUUUGGAGCUGCUUUUCUCCUUCGGAGUUCUGAACUUGCUGUAAACUUUGACACGCCAGAAGUUUUUCCAGAUUUUUUAUGCUCAUCUUGACACAAGCAUCAUGCACUCCGCAUUACUCAUUUGGCAGAAUUAUCAUCUAGAUUUCCCUCAUUUGGAACAUAACCGUGGGAAAAAUGUUACUAAUGAUAACCAGCAAAUGGAUUCACAGAUUGGAAUCAGGCUCCCAGCUGAUAGAGCUAAGGAUACAACGUACGUAACUAAAAACAGCUGGCUACCGGAAUGGAAUUAGAAAUUGAAGUUCAAACUGAAUGUUCCUCAAAUGGCUUUGCUUAGGAUUGCAGUCCUCGAGCAAGACAGAUAUGGGAAUGAAGGUUUUGGAGGCCAAACAUGUUUGCCUAUAUCUGCCACUACCUUAUUCCUGAAUUCAUGACCGGCACGGCACAUAAACAAUGUCCCUUUCUAGGUUUUUUACCUAUGCCGAUCCAAACAUACAAACAAACCUUUUCUUCUAACUCAA